CACUAUUAUAUUCAGUAACCUAUGUUAAAUAAAAACCUUGUAAUAUACUAUGUUAAAGUCGAAACUCACAAACAGAAGCUUAUCGGAACUUAAGUUUUGGUUUCUGAUAAGGCAGUCGGAAAUAUUUCUUAGCCGGACACUUAAAAUAUAAGCAACUUGAUGUGAAACUGUAAUGAUUUCUUUUAAAUUAAAUGGUGCAUUAAUCGAUGUAACAAAUUGUUAGGUUCGUGCAACGAAGAGCAUACAAACAAUACGGAUAUCUGACGUCUAAAAUUAUGGAGUCGGGACGACGGAGGAGUUUGAGUAGCCUCUUGUCCUCCCUGUCCCUGCUCUGUGUCGUCUUGGACCUGCAGCUUGACGGUGUGUUGGGUGCCACCCAUGUGGAGAUUGAGCAACACUUGGAAAUGGGACGUAAACUUUUGGCAGCCGGACAGCUGGCUGAGGCCCUGUCCCACUACCACUCAGCUGUCGAAGGUGACUCAAAGAACUACUUGACAUACUACAAGCGUGCUGCAGUGUUUCUGGCUAUGGGGAAGUCCAAGUCUGCCCUGCCAGACCUGACCCGAGCCAUUGAGCUCAAACCAGACUUCUUGGCUGCCCGGAUACAGAGGGGAAAUAUCCUCCUGAAACAGGGGAACAUCCAGGAGGCCAGAGAGGACUUCCAAGCAGUGCUACAGCGCUCGCCUGAUAUGGAGGAAGUGCUUAAUCAGCUCCAAAGAGCUGAAGAGCUAGAGGAGCUUCAGGAGGAAGCUCACCAGGCUAGUCACCGCGGAGACUAUGUUGCAGCCAUCCAGGUUCUGGACCGUGCCAUUGAGAUCUCCCCUUGGGAUCCAGAAUCUCGGGAGCUGAGAGCAGAAUGCUAUAUCCGCCUCGGGGAGCCUAGGAAGGCCAUAUUAGAUCUGACGCCUGCAGCUCGACUCCUUAACGACAAUCGUGCAGCCUUCCUAAAACUCAGCCGUCUACUCUAUGACCUGGGAGAACACCAUGGCUCACUCAGUGAGAUUCGGGAGUGUCUGAAGCUGGAUCAGGAUGAUAAGGAAUGUUUUGCCCACUACAAGCAGGUGAAGAAGCUUAGCAAGCAGCUGGACUCUGCUGAAGAGCUGAUCUCCGAACAGCAAUAUCAAGAGGCAAUAGAAAAGUAUGAUUCAGUUAUGAGGACAGAGCCAAAUAUUCCAUUCUACACCACCAAAGCCAAGGAGAGGAUUUGCUUCUGUCUGGUGAAGAUUAAGCAGGCAGAGGAGGCAUUAGACAUGUGUUCAGAGGCCCAUCAGAGAGAACCCCAGAAUAUCCACAUCCUCCGGGACAGAGCUGAAGCCUACAUCCUGCUGCAAGACUAUGAGAAAGCUGUGGAGGAUUAUCAGGAAGCAAGGGAGUUCGACCAGGAGAACCAGGAGAUUCGUGAGGGUUUAGAACGAGCACAGAAGCUCCUGAAGAUCUCACGCAAGAGAGAUUACUACAAAAUCCUGGGAGUAAGCCGGACUGCUAAUAAACAGGAAAUCAUUAAAGCAUACAGGAAACUGGCACAACAGUGGCACCCAGACAACUUCCAGUCUGAAGCAGAAAAGAAGGAGGCUGAGAAGAAAUUUAUUGACAUUGCCUCAGCUAAGGAAGUGCUUACAGAUCCAGAGAUGCGCCAGAAGUUUGACUCUGGUGAAGACCCCUUGGACCCCGAGAACCAGCAGGGAGGGGGAGGAGGAGGUGGAAAUUGGCCCUUUGGCUUCAACCCCUUUGAGUCAGGCAGCAACUUCCACUUCAAGUUCAACUUCAACUAAUACAACUGUGCCACUGCAUAUGGUGAAUGUAAUGACAAUGGGCAAUGGACUGGACUCAUUAAAAAGCCCACAAAGGAAGACUAGGAAAAGAACAUAUUUAUUCUUCAACUCGGUUACAAUUGGCUCUUAUUGAAUGGUUAGUAGUGGGCUUUUUCCCACUUAAGUAAGCAGGUUGUUCUGGACUUCUUAAGGGAUGUUACAGGGGAAUCUGCAUUUGUAAGACCCCACGCAGUCAAUGGCUGUGAAUGAAUGAAGUCUUAGUUAGUAUGGAGUAUUUUUCAAGGCUGAAUCAUUUCAGUUUUAUCAGCCACUUUUAUCUCACUGUGGUAUUUUCAUCUUUUGCAUUUUUGUGCCAUGUCUGUCUCUCUUUGUAAAUUGUGUAGGUUUCUCUCAUUGAGGGGUUAACCAUAACAGGUAUUUUCAGCGUAUUUUCAGUAAUUCAUUUCACUUGUUAUAAAAAAAUUUAAGCAUUAGUCCUAACACUCCAGGUUAGAUCAGUAUUGCACAUUGGUGCACUUAAUUGACUGGAGUAGUUUAACAGGCUAGAGAGAAUGUUGCACAAGUGCUAGUUUAGAUGCCAAGAACCUCAUGGGCCUUGCCUGUAACUCACUGCUUAGCAGGAUGAAGAUUUUCAACAAGUGGGUGCAAUUUGCACCUUGCUAGCAGUGCUUAAGAAGAAUGGUGCUUUGCAUCAUUGAUACAAGGUGCCCUUGUUUCUGGUGACUGAUGUGUACACUGAUCCUAUAUACGUUGAACACUAUAGAACUGAUUAUUAGUGUUACUGAAGGAGCAGAGUACUCACAGGUAUGCUGCAGUUUGAGAGUUGAUCAUUGUUUUACUGUUCUACCAACACACCACCUUUUCUGGGUUAUAAAAAUUUAAAUCUUAGUCUUGCUAUAAUCAAAAAAGCUUCCAAAACAUUCAUUGGUUUAACUUUGCUCCACCUUAUUUGUACCAACAUUUGUACUUGAAUAUUUUACCUGUUCGUUGGUUGUUUUUGUUGGUGUGUUUUUUUUUCUUCUUCUCCUAUUUUAGACUUCAUACCAAGCCUUUUGAUCGGUAUAACCAUAUCUGACAGAGGAUGGGUGAACAUUUUAUCACGUUUUUGUGUCAUAUGAAGAUGCUGCGAUUAAAAGCUGGUAGCUGACUGGCCUUUCAAUGCUUGUAUGUGCCAAUGAAGCUAUCCCUUUGAACUGAGUGGAUUAAGGAAGUUGAUUUCUAACUGUUUCUGCUUGUUUGAUUGAUUUAUACUUUCUUAGGAUAAACCUAUUCAAUUCUGCUUUUCAGGAGAAUUAUUUAAAAUAAGACGAAAUGCUCAGAA